CCAGGCUCCCGGCAGCUCCGCCCGCCUCGCUCCCGGCUCCGCAGCUGCUUCCCUCCUCGCCUCCCGACUCCUCUCCGGCCGGGCCGAGCGCGCUCCCCGCCGCGGCGCAGGGAUGAAGGUGCUGGGACACAGGAUCGAACUGCUGACAGGGCUCCUGCUCCACGACGUGACCAUGGCCGGGCUGCAGGAGCUGCGAUUCCCCGAGGAGAAGCCGCUGCUCCGGGGUCAGGACGCCGCCGAGCUGGAGAACUCCGACACCUUCCUCUUGGCUAUGGACACAGACUGGAAGGAACAUGACAUCGAGACACCGUACGGCCUGCUGCAUGUGGUGAUCCGGGGCUCCCCCAAAGGGAACCGCCCAGCCAUCCUCACCUACCAUGACGUGGGCCUUAACCACAAGCUGUGCUUCAAUACCUUCUUCAACUUCGAGGACAUGCAGGAGAUCACCAAGCACUUUGUGGUGUGCCACGUGGAUGCCCCUGGUCAGCAGGUGGGGGCGUCACAGUUUCCCCAGGGGUACCAGUUCCCCUCCAUGGAGCAGCUGGCCGCCAUGCUCCCCAGUGUGGUGCAGCACUUUGGGUUCAAGUACGUGAUUGGCAUCGGAGUGGGAGCUGGGGCCUAUGUGCUGGCCAAGUUUGCGCUCAUCUUUCCCGACCUGGUGGAAGGGCUGGUGCUGAUGAACAUUGACCCCAACGGCAAAGGCUGGAUUGACUGGGCGGCCACCAAGCUCUCUGGCCUGACCAGCACUUUACCUGAUACGGUGCUAACCCACCUCUUCAGCCAGGAGGAGCUGGUGAGCAACACAGAGCUGGUGCAGAGCUACCGGCAGCAGAUUGGGAACGUGGUGAACCAGGCCAACCUGCAGCUCUUCUGGAACAUGUACAACAGCCGCAGAGACCUGGACAUUAACAGGCCUGGAACAGUGCCCAAUGCCAAGACGCUCCGCUGCCCCGUGAUGCUGGUGGUGGGGGAUAAUGCACCUGCUGAGGAUGGGGUGGUGGAGUGCAACUCCAAACUGGACCCAACCACCACUACCUUCCUGAAGAUGGCAGAUUCCGGGGGGCUCCCCCAGGUCACACAGCCAGGGAAGCUGACUGAGGCCUUCAAAUACUUCCUGCAAGGCAUGGGCUACAUUGCAUACUUGAAGGACCGAAGGCUGAGUGGAGGAGCAGUGCCCUCGGCUAGCAUGACCCGCCUCGCCCGCUCCCGGACCGCGUCACUCACCAGUGCCAGUUCGGUGGAUGGCAGCCGCCCGCAGGCCUGCACCCACUCAGAAAGCAGCGAGGGCCUGGGCCAGGUCAAUCACACCAUGGAGGUGUCCUGUUGAAGCCCCUGGCCCAGCAGAGCCACCCAGCUGCCCCCCACUCCCUCAUCCUCUGCAUCAAUGUCCCAUUGCCAUCCUCGCUCCGGCUCAUUUCCCUUUUAGUUUAUUUUUGUGAAGGCCAAGGGGAGGAAAUGGGUUUACUUCUUUUUUUGUUAAAAAGAUGAGGGGAUUCAUCCUAGAUGCUGCAGAACAAUGUCCAGAUGGUUUGAGAGGCUCCUCCCCCCACCCCAGCUCACCUUGUUAACUUGGCUGACUUAGAUUCCCUCUUCCAACUCCCCACAGUCAGGGCGGGGUAGAGGGAGGAAGGGGAUUUGCUAAGGAGAGAGCUGGAGUCCUUCUCUGGGCAGGAUCCAGGAUAUCCUAGGCGGAAGAAAGCAUGGGAUGACCCCCUUGGGCAGACAGGUUUGAAGAUGGGGUGGGGUUUUGAAGUGGUGUGCUGGGACAGCAGGAGCACAGGGUCCAGCUCAGGUACUGAGGUGACAACCAGGAGACAACACUGGGGAGCAGUGGGAGGCAGGCACCCUGCAGUUCUGCAGGCCCCUUUCUCCCCAUCUCCUCACCAAGCACAUCUGUUUGUCUUUUUGCACAUAUGACAAUCAUCUGAACCAUAGCCACAAGGGGGUGCUCCUACCAGGCAGCAGUUUUCCUGGUGCUCUCUUGGCUGGCCUGGUGAUGUGGGCCAGGCAGGCAGGGACUAACAGAGUUUCUCUGCCCAAGGAAGACAGAACACAGAGGACCAUAAAGGCAGGAACCCCACAGACUGUCUCAGCCCAUACACUACACCACCUCCUGGCCUUGUCCGAUGUCUGUACCAAGGCCUUGAGGUAGAAAGUUGCCUGAUCCUCUGUUUCCAUUGGGACUGGAUUUGGGGGCUGAGCUUAAAUGCUAGGAGAGCCCAUCGGGGUUGGGCAGACCCGACCACUUCAUGGUGCCUGCCUUGGGGAAGCAGUAUGUGGCCAGAGGCCAUGGUGGCUGAUUCCCAAUUCCAUAGAGGACAACCUAAUCAACAGCAGCGUGUCCAAGGCCACCGGAAACAUGGUGGUGUUAGAUUUCUGGUCAAGCUAUGCCAAUAUUUUCUGUGGGUAUCACUAAGAAAGGAAGUUUACUUGGAGAUAACUGGUCUAAGGCAGACUUCUGCAGGCCCACAUCACCGUCUCAGGACUAUUGGAGUGGCUUGGGCCUUGCUGGGUCCUGGGGUGGGAGGUGAAGGUUCCUAAAGUGAACAAGGGCCAGGCAGAGGAGAAAGGCUCUCCACACACCCUGGUCCCCUCCCCGUUCACGUGAAGCCUAGGACUGUGCCAUACACAUCCUACCCACCCACACAGGGAGAAUUUCCCAAUCUGAAAACUGGAGCUACUGGUCUCAGAGACUCAAUUGCACAAAACGAAAUAGUAAAAGGGGAGAGAGAGCAAUGAAAACUGCAGGGCUGUGGAGGGGACAGUUGUGUGUGGGGUGCUCUGAGGCUGAGCGGACACCUGCAUCCACCUUUCCUUUGCACAUAUCACACCCUUCUAGAAUCUUAAGCCAUUACUAGACUGCUCUAGAGCCUGGUGGAGUGUUAGUCUGUGCCCAGUUCUAUUCAUUCACGUGCUUCCUUUGAAUAUCAAAUGUGACUGUUUGAAAAGCUGGUAGAAUUAAUCCCUCUUUACUGUAGAUAGUGCUGCAGACCUUGGAUUUUUUUUUUCUGUGUUCUUUCAGAUGAGAUAUCUAUAAAUAUCUAUACAUUAUAUAUAUAUAUAUAUGUGUGUUUGUGUGUGUGUGUGUGUGUAUGUAUAUUGGGUCUUCCUGGGUGUGGUUUUCCAUCAGAGGUGGUCUCUUUGGUCAAGUGAACUUCUACUGGAGUUUAUUAUUUUCCUCUCUGUAUAAAGUGAAGAACCUAACUUUAUGUAUUCUGGUGGCUGAUGUCAUGAAACUUUGAGAUGACAAAAUGUAAAACAAAUAAAAACCCUUGUCAAAUAGAGUUAA